AUGUCGACGAUUCAGGCCACGGCAUCACAUGACCUUCAUCGGAUGCGACGACGGCCAAUGAAUAAGUUCUUUUCCAGAGCUCAAGUUUACGAACUGGAGAAUACUAUUCAGAGCUCCGCUCAUAAUCUGUGUCGUAAAAUAUUGUCGUGCGAGGGUCAAGGUGCCCUGAACCUUGCGUCUGCAUACAGCUGCUUCACUGCCGAUGUGAUCAGUGAAUAUAGUUUUGGUCAAAGUUUUGGCUUUCUGGAUCAGCCGGGAUGGGAGCCAAAUUAUAAGAAAUCCGUUGAUAUCCUUCUCGGGAUUGGGCAUAUCUUGAGACUACUUCCCAUCCUGGGUACCCUCAUGGAAAUUGUGCCUUUUGUCCGUGGGUGUAACGGAUCGUGUGUGCUAACCAUCAAGGUGAAAUUUCCACAUCAAAUUGCACUAGCACGAGAAGCUUCUAAAUCCGGUGCUGCUGGGAGUACCAUUUUUGCGUCAUUGCUAGAAGACUCAGACCUCCCACGUGAAGAGAAGACCACGGCACGCUUGGCCAGCGAAGCAAACUCGAUCAUGGUGGGAGGAACAGAAUCAACUGCUGUGACACUGAGUGUCUUCACUUACCAUGUCCUUGCCAAUCCCGAUGUACUUGACCUCAUUCGUGCAGAGAUCGAUACCGUUCCCGCAGGUGAAGAAGGUAGGCUUCCGGGACACAAGUUGGAGCAGUUACCCUUUUUCACGGCGGCCAUUCAGGAAGCACUGCGGCUUGUACACGGCAUAUCAGGCAGGGCAGCAAGAAUUGCUCCGGACGAAGACCUGGUGUAUCUAAAGUCCUCAGACUCCCCAGGGCAAUCCCGUCACCAUCAGGACCAGUUUGUCAUCCCCCGAGGAUAUGCUGUCGGCAUGUCUGCGUACCUUUUGCAUACGAACGAAACUAUUUUCCCCGAGCCCCAUCGGUUUCUCCCACAGCGAUGGCUCGACAAAAGUGGUCAAAGAGACAGAAGUCUCGACAAGUACUUAUUCACUUUUGGCAAAGGUUCUCGACAAUGUGUCGGCAUGCAACUGGCAUAUUGGGAGCUUUACAUUUGUGCGGCCGCCCUGAUCGUGCAUGUUUUCCCUCACUUGUCAUUGAGUGACACUUCGGUGAAGGAUGUGCAAUAUGAUCAUGAUGAGUUGAUUGGAAAGCCCUAUAUAAACAGCAAAGGAGUGAGAGUUUUAGUCUCUAGCAAAUAA